AUGACUACACGCUUGGAUCGAUUGGUGGUGUUGCUGGACAACGGUUCUACAUCAGUCGUUCGUGAAGCCGCUGCGAAACAAAUUGCUGAUAUUCAAAAGGCACAUCCGGUUGAGCUCUAUAAUUUACUGGGCCGUGUCGUCCCCUACUUGAAAUCGAAGAAUUGGGACACCCGCGUUGCAGCUGCAAAAGCCAUUGGAGGUAUAGCUGAAAGUGUCCCAGUAUGGAAUCCAAAUGAAGAGGUUGUAAAAACCGAGACCAAAGAAGAAGAAGAUGAAGUUGGAAAUACUAUUUCCAAUUCGGUGACGAACCAAAAUGAAGAGCAAAAGUCAGACACCACUGUUCCUUCCGAUGAACAGGCACCUAAGGUGAAGGAGGAAGAAGUGGAACAAUCAUCGACCGCUGAAGAUUAUACACAGCAAUCAAAGGAUACCUCAGGUGAAAGUGAUGAAAAAAGUAAAAUUGUUCCCGGGUUGCAGGAAUUUGAAGAGAAGCGGCUAUCUAGUCGUUCUCACUCAUUCAAUAACCUGGUUCCUAUAAAAGAUUUUGGGAAUGACUCUUCCAUAUCAUCGGAACUAAACUCCAAGUUUGAAGGAAGCUUUCAGAAUUCUUUGCUUUCUUUUGAUAAUUUCAAUUUGGAAGACGUCAUGAAGCACGGUACGAAGUUACUAGGCAGUGCUAGUCGCGACUAUGAUUUUACUCCGUCAGACACUUAUUCUUCUCACUAUAUUCAUCAAUUAUCCAACCUCAAAAAUCGUUUAGGGCUCGCUGGCGAGUAUUUAGACGAUGAACUCAUGCAUGAUUUGGGUGAUCAAUCUUCCCCACACCAUAGACCUUCCCCCAUAUCUUUACAUCCUGAACAGGAGGCUAAUCAAUCCUCGGUUGGUGCCUUGAAUAGCCCGAAUGAGUCUGAUGAUUUAUCUCAUUUGUCUGCUCGUCAGCGUAAUGCUUUGAAACGUAAAGCCAAACAAAUGAAAAGCUCUCAAAAAGUUCGUGUUAUUGACGUGGCUCCCAACAUCAAUCAGCAAUCCUCAAAAACAGCCAAAUCGGAUCCCAAUUCCGCUCCUGAGUACAAUUUCACCGCUCAAUCUCAGUCAGAUAAACUUGUUGUGGAACAAAAGGCUCCAGUUGUGCCAUCUGCCGCUGUUGCAGUUACUAGCGACUCUGUUUGGCCUUUUAAAACUCUUGUCGAAUUGCUUUUAGUGGAUAUGUUUGAUCCUGCUUGGGAAAUAAGACAUGGUGCUUGUAUGGGUUUACGUGAGAUUAUAAGGUUUGCAGGUUUUGGAUAUGGACGUGAGGUGGGUAAAAGCUUACAAGAAAAUAACGAAUUGAAUACCAAAUAUUUUAAUGAUCUUUUAUGCCGUAUUGCUUGUGUUUUUGCUUUGGACAGAUUUGGAGAUUACUUGGCUGAUCAAGUCGUCGCGCCUAUACGUGAAUCGGUUAGUCAGGUGCUCGGUGUUGCCCUUAUUUAUGUACCCGACACUUCAGUUCAUGCGAUGUAUAAGAUACUCCAUUCUUUGGUUUUUCAAAAUGAACUUGGUCUCAGUCAUAGGGUAUGGGAAGCUGCACAUGGUGGUAUGCUUGGUAUUAAGUACCUAGUGGCGAUGAAAUAUCCCAUGUUCUUUUCCCAACCAUCCUAUCUAGACAGCCUAAUUGAUAUAGUAAUUCAAGGUUUAGCCAAUAAUGACGACGACGUUCGUGCGGUUAGUGCAUUAACCUUGUUACCGGUUGCUGAUAAACUUGUCGCUGGUAAACUGGAUUCAUGCCGUCAACUACUUAACGUCUUAUGGGAUUGUUUGGAUGAUGUUAAAGAUGAUCUUUCUUCGUCAACGGCUAGUGUCAUGGAUCUUUUGUCUUGUUUAUGUUCUUUUGCGGAAGUAAUGGAACUUAUGCAAGAAAAUGCAAACUCUGAUUCAAAACGUUCUUUUAGGACUCUAGUUCCGCGACUUUUUUACUUGAUGCGAUAUACCCUCAGUGGUGUUCGAAGAUCAGUCAUCUACGCGCUGAGUAAGUUCGUCUUUACUAAAACUCCAAAAUUGAAUAGCUGGAUUACAGGGUUAAGUUUACGACUUUGUUUUCAGAAUGUUUUGCUUGAACAACAAGAUGACAUCUUUCAGUCUUCUUUUGAUUUGGCGCAUGACAUUAUUGAUGCUUUGUUUUUUCAUGGGACGGACAAGUUCACUGAAAUGAUGAAGCCACAUAUUGAAUCGAUGCUCAAAGUUACCAUGACUCCUAUAGGUUCCACGCGACAUCCCUACCCAAUCGAUACAUCGUUACUUAUAAAACCAUCUGGUCAACCAUACGCCAUACGAAGUACUGCUCAGGACCGUAAUUCUAAAUUUAUGUUCGACUUACCCUCGCGUAGAAAACAGAGACGACAUGCAGAGUAUGAUUCUGGUUCAUCAUUUUCACACUCUGUUGAUGAGCCUAUGUUAAAUGGUGAUGUAGAGUUCGUUGGUGAAGAGCGUAUGUUGAGAUGUCGUUUAGGGGCUGCAUCCAUUUUGGGUGCAAUUUUAGGCCGCUGGAAAAGAGAUGAAAUACUUCCCGUAUUUGAAUCACCCUUGAAGCUGUGCCUUUCAUCUGCAUUUUCUACUCCCGUUGUACUUUGUUCAAGGUUGAUAGAAGAAUUUUUUGCUUUUCAAGAUUCCUCUCUUACGACUCAAAAAGAAAAGUUUCAUCAAAUGCUUUGUGACCAAUUUACAAUCAUUCCUCGCGAAACGUAUGCUAAUUUAGUACCGCAAUUACAUAUCGUCAGGGCGCAAUGUAAUGCACUUUUAAAUACAUUCGUAGAUUUAGGACGUGCCUCAAGGUCUAAAAUACCUGUACUAGCUGUUGUUGUGAAGGGUGAUGCAGAUGCUGGUCCUAAUGCUUUUGGUAUUGAUGAUGCUGAGAAAAUAAUUGGCCCUACAUUUGAGUCAUUAUUUAGCAUGCUUUCACCAUCACAAAAAUCUGUGUCUGCUAAAACUUUCAAUGAGAUGAAGCUAUUAGUCAGUGAUGAGGUUUCAAUGUAUAGGGAUCACAAGGAUACUAUUGAUAUCCAAUGUGCUGCUGCUCUCGCAUCUGGUAUAGUCUCUUAUGAAAAAUUACCGAAGAAAUUAAAUCCGAUUAUCAAGGGUAUUAUGGAAUCUAUAAAGAAGGAGAGUUUCUCUUGUCUACAAAGGCAUUCAGCGAUGGCUAUGAUGAAACUAAUAUCUUCAUGUUAUAGAGAGUCUCGCCAAAAUAUUUCUGAAAAAAUAGUAAAGAAUUUAUGUGCUUAUGUUUGCAUGGAUACUUCUGAAACUCCUAUAUUUGAAGAAUUGGACAAGCGAGGUAUAUUGUCAAUUUCCAAUAGCGAAUCCGAGAUUGAAGAAGUUGACGGCGAGAAAAUUGGCAAAAAUCCUUUAGGGGAUAUCGAUGAGCGCCGUAGGACUCGGUCUAGUAGCACUGAAAAGGAUGCAGCAAUUCUUCAAAGGGUUGGUGCUCAAUUAACACUUCAGUUAAUGGCAACAACUUUUCGUAGUCGAUUAUUUGAAGACGUUCCUGUACUGUCACAAUGCUUGUUUUCUCCAAUUAAACGAUUCGCUGAAGAAGGACUUCCCUUAGAUGCGGAUGGUAAAAAAGACCAUACUUUCGGUCAGGACUUACUUGAUGCCAUGUCUAUUCUUCGGUUUUUGGUUCCUCAUUUACAUGCCGAUUUAUGUGGUUAUAUAACAGAUAUUUUACCAAAUUUGCUUUCAGCUGUGUGCUCCGAAUACAAUUCUAUAAGAUUUAUGGUUGCAAAGUGCCUUGCUUCAAUAUCUGACUCUGCUACGGCUGGUUCUAAAGCAUUACGAAUACUGGUUGAGAGUAUAAUUCCUUUACUGGGUGAUCCGACUAAUACUACACAUAGGCAAGGUGCUAUUGAAUGCAUUUACCAAGUGGUGCAGCGACUUGGCGUUCGUGUUUUACCUUAUGUGUUGUACCUUAUUAUUCCCCUUUUAGGUAGGAUGAGUGAUUCUGAUAAAGAUGUGAGAACUCUAGCUACUUCAUCAUUUGCAACGCUCGUCAAACUAGUACCUCUCGAAGCGGGUAUUCCAGAUCCUGUUGAUCUUCCCCAGGAACUUAUUGAUAGCAGAGAAAAGGAAAGGCGUUUUCUCGAGCAGAUGUUAAAUCCUACAAAGGUUGACUCUUUUGUAAUGCCUGUCGCUAUAAAUGCGGACCUUAGGAAGUAUCAACAAGAAGGUGUCAACUGGUUGGCAUUUUUAAACAAAUACGAGUUACAUGGUAUCCUUUGUGACGAUAUGGGUCUUGGAAAAACGUUACAAACAAUAUGUGUAGUAGCCAGUGAUCAUCACAAUCGUCAGAAAGCUUUUGAAGAAACCAAAAGCCCCAGAUAUGCUCAUGCGCCUUCUCUGGUUGUUUGUCCGUCAACGUUAGCUGGGCAUUGGCAGCAAGAACUACUAACGUAUGCGCCAUUUUUGAAGGUUCUAUUAUAUGUAGGACCUCCCACUGACCGUACGAAAUUGCGAAAACAACUUAAAGCGGUGGAUGUUGUGGUAACCUCCUAUGACAUUUGCCGGAAUGACAUGGAUUCUCUUGUCAAAGUCGAUUGGAAUUACUGCGUAUUGGAUGAAGGCCAUGUCAUAAAAAAUGCCCGUGCCAAACUUACUAAAGCAGUUAAGUGUAUAAGAUCGUAUCACCGACUUAUUCUAUCUGGUACUCCAAUUCAAAACAACGUUUUGGAGCUUUGGUCUCUCUUUGACUUUCUAAUGCCUGGCUUUUUGGGUUCUGAAAAAGUAUUUCAUGAAAGGUUUGUGAAACCAAUUGCUGCAAGUCGAGAUGCGAAGAGUUCAUCCAAAGAAAGGGAAAGAGGUACAUUGGCUUUAGAAGCAAUACAUAAGCAAGUCCUUCCUUUCUUGUUGCGUCGAUUAAAAGAAGAUGUCUUAGCCGACUUACCUCCUAAAAUUAUUCAGGACUAUUAUUGUGAGAUGAGCGAUUUACAACGGAAACUCCAUAACGAUUUUAUCUCUCAAUUAAAUAUAAACGAGGAGCUUGAAGCUGACGUGGGUGAAGAGGAAAACAAAAAGCAUGCGAAAAAGAAAUCACCAAAGGGACACAUUUUCCAAGCAUUGCAAUACAUGCGUAAACUUUGCAAUCACCCUGCUCUAAUAUUGACUGAGAAACAUCCCAAACGUGGUGAAAUCUCGAAGCAAUUACAAAAAGAGCACAGUACUCUUCAUGAUCUUAAACAUGCUCCAAAAUUGAUGGCGCUUGGUCAAUUACUUAAAGACUGUGGUAUAGGUGAUUCCUCGUAUAAUGGUGGAGGGGUUGAUUCAACAUUAACUAAUCCUGUGAGUGAACAUCGGGUACUUAUUUUCUGUCAACUUAAAGAUAUGCUAGACAUGGUUGAGAAAGAUCUUUUACGAGCUACUAUGCCAAGUGUUUCUUAUAUGAGACUUGAUGGUUCUGUUGAGCCCACCAAACGCCAGGAGGCUGUAACGAAAUUUAAUAACGAUCCUUCCAUUGACGUUCUAUUAUUAACUACACAUGUCGGUGGUUUAGGCUUGAACUUGACAGGUGCCGAUACUGUCAUUUUCGUUGAGCAUGACUGGAAUCCUAUGCGUGACUUGCAAGCAAUGGAUAGAGCACAUCGUAUCGGACAGAAGAAAGUUGUAAAUGUAUAUCGAUUGAUUACUAAGGAUUGCCUUGAAGAGAAGAUUAUGGGUUUGCAACGGUUUAAGAUGAAUGUUGCGUCGACUGUCGUUAAUCAGCAAAACAAUGGACUAGCGUCUAUAGGACCAGACCAGAUAUUAGAUUUGUUUGAUACCAAUGCCGACGAGCAGAAAGAGGAUGAGAAAAAACAAAAGAUUUUGGACACCGAUAACCAAGGUCUAAGUGCUAAUUCAAAGAAAGCCUUGGAAGGGUUACCGGAAAUGUGGGAUGAAACACAAUAUGAUGAGUUUAAUUUGGAUGGAUUUAUAUCCUCAUUGCCCAAGGAAGCUCAAUAA